AUGCCUUUACUCGACCCCGGUAGUCCGAGCAGUUCUUCCUCUGGAGGCAAACGAACAGCGUACUUCGUCAUCGAAGAAGCCGAACUCAAAGAUGUCCGACGAUUAGUCGACAUCGAAUUCCAAGCAUUCGAGAACGAGCGCGCCAACCAGCAGCUGUCAUACCGAGACUAUUCGAAGCCUGAACAUUUCGAGCGAUCGGUAGAGCUGUACUUUGCCGCUAUUCAAGACAUUCUUACUCAUCGCCUGCUGAACAAGAAGGCACGACAAGGUCUGGCGCCAGUUGCCAAGGUUCGCUUCCUCAAGGUCACGGACACAGAGACUGGAGAGAUUGUGUCUUUUGCGAAGACAGAGAUUAAGACUUAUAGUGAGGAAGAGUUAUAUUCUCCCCCCGAUGUAGGCCAUGAGCACGAGCCGGUCAUGAACAGAAAUUGGUUUGCUCUGAAUGAGAUCCGGCGACGAGAAUACAUCGGUCUCGUCAAGCAUUGCUACAUCGGCAUGCUCGCAACGCAGCCAUGUCAUCAGCACGAAGGAGCAGGAACGAUGCUGCUCAACACGAUCCUCAUUGAAGCGGACAAGAACGGGUUGGAGGUAUACCUUGAAGGCACAGACACGGCGAAGCCACUGUACGAGAAGCACAACUUCCACGCCGUGAAUGAGAUCCGCUUUGACCCAGCCACGUACGGUGUACGUAACAUCGGGAAGGAACGGCAGACAAUCAUGGUUCGUGCAGCGCUUGGCACAGACGGCGUGCGGGAUGAAGUACGCGCUUGGAACGUAGCCGUAGCGGAGGUGCGAGCAUAG